AUGAAGAUUAACACGCCUCUACCUCAACCGCUGCCGAAGGAAUGUCUGAAGGCUGCCAAAACCUUCAAAUCCUUCGUGGAUAGCGGAAAUAACGGUCUCGAUGGGGUCAUUCCCAGAAGUGUACUGUACAAUGCAAAGGGCCUUGCGAUCUUCACCGUUUUCAAGGCGGGUUUCUUAUUUUCGGCUCGGGCGGGUGCGGGAAUCGUUAUUGCCAAGCUGGACGAUGGCACGUGGUCUGCACCGAGUGCAAUUGGUACCGCAGGGGUUGGUGUAGGAGGUCAGGCAGGCGCGGAGAUGACAGACUUCCUAGUCGUCUUAAACUCUCGGUCGGCUGUGCGGUCGUUCAUGUCCGCAGGGUCACUCACGCUCGGCGGCAAUAUGAGCAUCGCUGUCGGACCACUUGGGAGGAACGGGGAGGCACUUGGUUCCCUUAACACCAGUGGGAAGGUCGCUGCCAUGUACAGCUAUUCCAAGACAAGGGGUCUCUUCGGUGGCGUCUCCAUCGAAGGUUCGGUCAUCGUCGAGCGUCAAGAUGCGAACGCUCAGGCAUACGGCUAUGACGUUUCCGUAAAGGCCCUUCUCAGCGGUGCGAUUCCACCUCCGGAAUGGGCGCAGCCACUAAUCAGGACACUCGAGUCCUGCACGGGCUUGCCGAGCAACCGGCCGUGGGUACAAGAGUUCCGCGCUCAGCAUGACGACUACGCCUUUGACAGCGUCGAGAGUCCGCGGCAGGCGAACGGGCAGACGGAUUUGUAUAGCGCAGACGCGCUGUACACGGGAGGGGGGAGCUCACGGCCGCCGAUGAGGAAGAGCAAGUCGCGCAAUAGCAGCUUUGGCUUCACGCCCGCGAGCUGGGGCAAACGUAAAGGGUCAGGGUCAUACUUUGCGGACGAGUUCCACGACCCGGGCCGCGCGCCGAUGCCGUCCGACAUCAGCGAUGGGCCGUACUCAUCGUCGUCACGCUCUACUCCCACAGGGCGCGCAUGGGAGGACACGCCCUCGCCCCGAUUCACUCGUGCGCUCAACCCCACGACGGGGUACUUUGACACGAAAUUUGAUAGCGACUUUGCGACGGACGAGCAGCUGCGGCGACAUCCGCCACUAAGUAUGAACAGGAGGAGGACGGGCGACUACGACGAUUCCAGGGUCGGCUCCCCGUACAGCUCAGCGCAGCACACGAUGACUGGGUCAGAUGUGACGAGCAAUCGCAGGGCGUACAGCGCGUAUGCGCCACCUGCGGACGAGGACCCGUUCCAGACGCAUAACGAUGUCGAGGACUUUGACUAUGGCGGCUCGGCGAGGACGCAUCGGAUGAGCGUGUACAAUCCGCCGCCGAAGAUGACACCGAAGCUUGGGUUGACGAAGCCGCUCAAUCCUUCUGAAGGCGUCGCACGUGCGAUAGCGUUGUUCAACUUUGACGCCGUGCAGUCUGGCGACCUGUCAUUCAAGAAGGGCCAGGUCAUUACCGUCACGAAGAGGAGCGACGAUACGAAUACUUGGUGGACUGGCAAACUCGACGGACGGGAAGGCAUGUUCCCUGCUAAUUUCGUGGAAGUCGUGUGA